ACCUUGGCCCAUACUACGUUCACAGCUUGUCUCGACCUCUUCCUCUGGUCCACUGGGCCCAACAUUGGUCUCGUCUCGGGCGUGUGUCUCUUCCAGGAAAGUUGGCGUGACCGACGACAUAAUUGAGCGUUGCCUGCCCAACGACGGGGAGGAGCUGUGCUCCGGUCCCAACAUAGUCAUACAUCAGGAUGGCUAGCCUAUUACUCCGUCUCUUCGAUUCGGACUACUUCUCUCCGCACCUAGCACUGUCAUACUUGAAGACAUAUUCCGACAACAUCGGCAUCACAUAUUACUUGGUCUACAGACUGAGAACUUCGUUUCCGCCAGAGGAAGUCGAGUUUUACUGGCCUCAACUCUGUCAUCUCCUGGUCACAAAGCCGUCAGAAUCUCGGGCUCUAGAAUGCUUUAUACUCGAACGAUGCGAGGAGUCUGUGCAUGUGGCUCUUCUGACAUUGUGGCAUCUCCAAGCUGCACUCUUCGAUCUUUCCGGUAAUUCUCGCACCCCAUCCUUUGGGGUCUGCAAAAGGGUGUACAACGAAUGCCAAAGGAUUCUGUACGACGAUCCGCUGUCAGAUGCUAGUGUCUUCCUUCUUCCGUCAUCCAGCAGCCGGAGCAGGAGCAAGAAGGUAGUCUCCUCUUUAGCGCGAGCUAAGAGCAAAAUUCUGCCUUCCAAUGCCAAGAGUGCUUUGGUGGGUAUGGGAACUGUCCUCGCCAGUGUACCAGGGAUGCCGUUGCUUGCUCCGUUCAGUGGACAAGUCGCCGUGGAGCAAGGCAGAGCGAAGCCCCGCGUUGGCGAUCUCGAUGCCAUUGGGACAGGCGUGGAGAGGAUCCAAUCAGAAGAGGAUGCUGACUCCGAUGAUGGAGUGCAGGCAUCAGAUGACGACGCUGGUCUGAGCAGCGAGGAUGAAGGUGAUUCACCUCUUCCUGCUCCGCGCUCCGUAUCUGCAGAGGCCACAGGUCAGACGGCGCCUUCGCAACGCCGGACAUCCACAGUCCAGAACCCAGGCAUGUCGAAGACGGCUAGCACCAGAAUGCCCGGUCAAGGAGAGCCUUCGUCUACAGCUAGUCCUGUGGAGCAAUCGCUGGCUAACAUCUCUGCAACCUGGAAUGGUUUGAGAGGCAAGGCGACAGCAGCAAUUAACGAUUCUCUUGGCUCUGGCCUCACAAGCGCCUUUGUAAACAAAAAGCCCUCGUCUCAGCAAACGACUCAAUACCCAGAUGGACUUCGUCCUUGGCAUCCCCAGAGAGCAGCCAAGCGUCCGGCUGCCCGACAGCCGCACGUGGCUAGCACAAGCGUUCUCACAGCUAGCGCGACCUCGGGUGCGCCUCAACGUCAUUCAGCAAGCAGUCAACACCAAGAUCAACACCGAGCCAACAGCUCAAAGUCUGUACCGGACCUGAGCUCAGCAAGGCGAAGUGUCUCUCUCUUUUCCUCCGCACUCAACCUGGAGGAUGGUGCUGCUACACCUGUAGAUGCGGUACUCUCCCAGUAUGACUCAGAGGCUAGGCGCAGACUGCUGCGCAGCAAUUACUGCCGGACACAAACGGAAUUCCUGCUCAGUCUGCAGGACAUAUCCUCACGACUGCUAUUGUUGCCCAAACCUGCUCGUCUCUCGGCCCUUCGAGCCGAACUCACAGCUCUGAACCAUCGACUGCCCGCAGAAGUCUGCUUUCCACUCUGGUGUGCUGCCAUUUCAGAAGCUGGCGCCGGAAAAGAUUCGGAGAAUGCGAUCGAGGGAUCUCACGUCGUUCCUGGUACAGAGAAGGAGGGCAGAGACCCCCUGGUCAGCGUCGCUCAAGUGCAGGCCCAGACGCCAUCAUCAACCAGGCGGAUCAAGCACCAUCGCGUGGUCCGGAUUAAUCCAUCGGAGGCAGUGGUCCUCAAUUCUGCUGAUCGUGCACCAUACCUCUUGCACGUUGAGAUACUGCAGAACGAUCUUGACUUUGACCCCGAGCGUAGAUCAAACCGAGAGAGCCUCAAGAAACUGGUCGUGGCCGAGGAUCUCCGGCGUCGAAAGUUUGCGCUGAGUAGAGCUUUCGGUGCGGACGUGGACGCUGCAAGUAGAGAGGCUUUGCAUCGUAGAGACACAGACACCACACACGGAACUGCGGGUGUUUCUGGAAGAGAUGAUUUGGCAGCUGAUAGCGAUCUCCCCGCAAUCACCGGCAGCACGAGAAAUGAAGCUACGGAUGUAGGAAAGGACGGUCACGUCGCGGCCAGCAAUGACCUGCAAGUUAGCCGUCCCGAUCUACCCUCACGGUCGUCCUCCCCUCAGCUUGGCUUGUAUAGCAGUAAUGGAGACGAAGAGGUGGAUCUGACGGAACAGGCUUUCGGGUCGGACCUCGCAGCAUUCGGAGAAGAGCGGCAGAUUGAAGAAGAAGAUGGCGACGAGCUGGCAGCCGCGAUGAACCGACAUCAUGAUGCAGCUGCUUGGACGGAAGCUAACUCUGCAGGCGUAAAUAGUACUAAUGCUGCCGCCGGCUCUGACGAUCACACUCGCCCGCGCCGGCCAUCUUCUGCUACAGCGGCUGCUGCCUCGGUCGCUGCGAAGAGGAAAAACUUCUCCUUGGACGAGUAUUCGGAGAGGAUGCGCACGGCAGCCAUAAUGCUGGCUCAACUCAACCAGUCUACGAAUGCCUCGGCUCAGCCAGCUGUCACGCACAACCCACAUGUGAGCGCCACCGCUCAGGGCGGUUGGAGUAGCUGGAUCAUCGGUACAAGCUGGGCUACACCCGUACCAGGCACUACGGCUGCAGCAACGAAGAGUGAGGUAGGGCAGGGCUCAGCUGGUGUCAAAGUAGCACUGGGGGGCUCAGGGAGCUCUGUCCCAUCGCAAGUCCCGGUUGCACCUUCUUUAGGAGGGUCGUCAUCAAUGGCCUCCUCUGCUGGUCCUUCUCGCCUGAUAAAUACUGACACAGAAGCUAUCAGAAAACGGAUCAUGCAAGAGAUGAUGAUGCUAGAAGAGGAAAGAAUGGAGCGCAUGAAAUCCGGAGGUCGCAAAGUCGGUGGCAAUAAGCGUCCGGCUGCUGGAGUGGAAGAUGAAGCAACCGUCCUGAAGGCUGUCAACAAGGACGACCCUUCCGCUGCCAUGUUCAAGGAGACUUGGGCGGCCAAGAAAGCUCGCAUACGAGCAAGCUCUCCUUACGGCCACCUGCCCUCGUGGGAUGUCUUCAGCGUCAUCGUUAAGACUGGAGCUGACCUCCGGCAGGAGCAGCUGGCAGUCCAGCUGAUCAAUGAGUUUGGCCGGAUUUGGCAAGACUGCAAGUCUCGCAUUUGGGUCAAGUACUUCAGAAUUCUUGUUACAAGUGAGAAUUCGGGUCUCAUGGAGACUAUUACGGACGCUAUCAGCGUGCACUCGAUCAAAAAAGAGGCAUAUGCUAGGACGCAGCGAGACAGCGGCGAUGAAGGCGGGAAAAUCGCAACCUACAGCAUCUUCGAUCACUUCGUCAAUACUUACGGGGAUCCUUCUUCCGCCAAAUUCGGCCGAGCGAGAGACAGGUUCCUCGAGUCAUUGGCAGGUUACUCGAUCAUAUCGUAUCUGCUACAGAUCAAAGAUCGUCACAACGGCAACAUACUCUUGUCCAGUGAUGGGCGCAUCAUACACAUCGACUUUGGGUUCAUGCUGGGCAUCUCUCCAGGAGGUGUUGGCUUCGAGGCUGCACCUUUCAAAUUGACUCAAGAGUACAUAGAUAUUCUUGGAGGCAUCGACUCAGCCAAGUUUGACGAGUUCAAGCAAUUGAUGCGACAAGGGUUCAAAGAUGUUCGGAAGCAUGCCGAGAGGAUCAUCAUGAUUGUCGAGCUCAUGCAAAAAGACUCGAAGCUACCAUGUUUCGCCCUAGGCGACUUUACCGCUUCCAAUCUGCGUGAUCGUUUCGCGCUCGCUCUGUCGGCCUCCCAAGUCGACGACUUUGUUGAUCGCCUCGUCCUAGCCAGCUGCGCGAGUUCUUAUACCAGGCUUUACGACAGCUUCCAAUACUACUCUCAAGGGAUUCUGUAAGAUGCUGUCCCUUCUUCAAUCUUCAAUACAUGCUUUCUGUUGCUCCUACCCAACACGUCUUACUCUGAACCCUCAUUCCGCGCGUCGUCACCGGAGAGAUGUGUCACCCAAAAACGCCGCUGCACCUUGCCGCGCCUGCUUCUUGCGUGAAUAACCCUUUGCCGCUCACUGAUGGCGUACAUCUGGGCCUGUCUCAUGCUGCUGCCUCCUGCUUUCUCUGAACAAGAAAGCGAGAAAGCCCGUUCGUUUCUG